UGGACAGUCUUCAUAAUGACUUGGUCCCCUCUCCUCCUCGCCCUUCUCAUUCACUGCUCAGGGUCCUGGGCCCAGACUGUGCUGACUCAGCCGCCCUUAGCAUCUGGGAACCCUGGGGAGAGGGUCACCAUCUCCUGUUCUGGAAGCAGCUCCAACGUCGGGAGUAAUUCUGUACACUGGUACCAGCAGCUCCCAGGAACAGCCCCCCUCAUCUAUGGUAACAGCAAUCGGCCCUCAGGGGUACCUGACCGAUUCUCUGGCUCCAAGUCUGGCACCUCAGCCUCCCUGGCCAUCACUGGACUCCGCCUUGAGGACGAGGCUGAUUAUUACUGCUCAGCAUGGGAUGACAGCCUGAAAGCUUAUGUGUUCGGCGGUGGCACCACGCUGACUGUCCUCGGUCAGCCCAAGGCCGCCCCCUCGGUCACUGUGUUCCCGCCCUCCUCUGAGGAGCUCCAAGCCAACAAGGCCACACUGGUGUGCCUCAUAAGUGACUUCUACCCGGGAGCCGUGACAGUGGCCUGGAAGGCAGAUGGCAACACCGUCACGGAUGGAGUGGAGACCACCAAACCCUCCAAACAGAGCAACAACAAGUACGCGGCCAGCAGCUACCUGAGCCUCACGCCGCAGCAGUGGAAGUCUCGCAGCAGCUACAGCUGCCACGUCACGCACGAGGGGAAAACCGUGGAGAAGACAGUGACCCCUUCAGGAUGUUCUUAGGCCCCCAACCCUCACCCUACCCGUGGGGCCUGCAGCUGCAGAAUCCCAGGACAGAUUCCCUCCCACCCCAAGCCGUCCAGCCCUUCUGCCUACACCCAAUAAACUCUCAAUAAAUGUCAUCCUUGUCAAUCAGAAAA